AUGGAUUCAACCAUCGCUGCUUCGACAGGACUGCCGGCUAGCAUCAUUGUCCUUAUCAUCACAGUCAUUAUUCUAGUAGCGGUCACGGUUCAUCGUGGGCUUACCAUUGAUCACAGUCCUGGGGAGCCUCCAAUCAUCAAGCCGGCGAUCCCCUAUAUCGGCCACAUACUGGGAAUCAUCCGGCAUGGCACACAGUAUUUUGAGCUUGUCAACCGCGACACUCGGUACCCGAUCUACACGUUGCCCACCUUAUCGACUAGACAGUACAUUGUCACUUCUCCUCAGAUUGCUGCUCAGCUCCAGCGACAGCACAAGGACCUCGCCUUUUACAAUGUCAUUCUAGAAGUCACGCGCAGAUUGACCAGCCUCAAGCCAAGUACCAUGAAGAUUGUCAUGAAGAACGUCAAUGCCGAGCAAGGUGACUGGGGCCUGAUGCCGACUAUGCAUGACAUGUUCAACACGGUACUCGGACGAGGGGAGUCAUUGAAAGACCUUACUCGUUCGCAGAUGUCGAUUUUCUCCGAGAUGCUGAACGAGGUUGCCGUGGGAGGAGAUUGCCUGGAAACGGAUCUGUUUGGAUGGAUCAAGUCAACCUUUGCUUUUGCCAAUGCAAAGUCGAUCUAUGGUCCAGAAAACCCCUUUGCCCUUGAUCCCAGCUUGGUCGAUUCUUUCUGGGACUUUGAGGCUGGUAUGCUGGCCCUUAUUAUUGACAUUUUUCCUUCCAUCACAGCCAGGAGGGCAUAUCUGGGACGAGAGGCGAUUGCCAAAGCCCUGGUUGACUAUGUCAAAGAGAAGCGGUGGCGCAAGGCUUCUCUUCUCAUUCAAAACCGCAUCAGCAUCAACCUGAGCCAUGGAUUUACCGAGGCCGAAGCAGGCCGAUCAGAGAUCAUCUUGCUCUUUGCAAUCCUCGGAAACGCUGUGCCGUCCACGUUCUGGAUUCUUGCCAAUAUCAUCAGCCGUCCAGAGCUACUGACGCAGAUUCGGAACGAGCUUCAAUCGGCUGUCACUGACGAGGGGAGUGGAGGCAAAAGCAUCAAUCUCUCCGUCAUCGAAACCUCCUGCCCACUUUUUGUGUCGACGUACAGGGAGUCCCUACGCAUGAUCGGCAACCUAGCCUCACUUCGAUACGUAUUGAGGGACACGGUCAUUGGGCAACAUUACCUGCGAAAGGAUUCUAUUAUACAAGUGGCUGGAAUCAUCAUCCACCAUGACCCGCAAACCUGGGGCCAAGACAGCGACCAGUUCAACCCUCGACGUUUUAUCAAGGGCCAGGCAUCUGUGGCGGAUAACGAUUCAGAGCCAUCGGGCUUGGACCUCAAGGAGCCGACGGCAACACAACUGCCUCCUGGCGUCCCCUCGGCGGCAUUCCGUCUCUUUGGCGGGGGCAGUGUGGUGUGCCCGGGACGACACUUUGCGCAAAGUGAAAUCCUUGCUUUCGUUGCGUACCUAUUGAUGGCAUUCGAUAUCUCUACUCCAGAUGGAACACCCAUCACACUACCUCCGCGAGACAAUGAAAAAAUCCCUUUGAGCGUCAUCAAACCCAAAGGCGAUAUGAAAGUCAGGAUUAACAGACGAAAAGGGUAUGAAGAUGUCUCGUGGCGUCUGGUGGCUGAUGGUUUCCACUGA